GAGACGUGCUACAUCUGCACGCAAGCCUUGCACUGGAAGACAAAGGAGGGUCUCGUGCGCGGGUGCGCGUGCCGCGGGACGGCGGGCUUCGCGCACGUGUCGUGCCUGGCGGAGCAGGCGAAGAUUUUGUUCGCGGAGGUCGAGAAGUCUAAUUUGGCCGGGAAGGAUAAGGUGGCGAGGUGGAGGCGGUGGGACAAGUGUAGCAUGUGCGAGCAACAGUACCACGGCGUUGUGCGGUGCGCGCUCGGGUGGGCGUGCUGGAAGACGUACUCGGGGCGACCGGAGACGGACUGGGCUCGGGGUUCCGCGAUGACAGCGCUUGGGAACGGUUUAUCCGAUGCAGAGCACCACGAGGACGCGUUGCCCGUGCAAGAGGCCGAGUUGGCAAUGUUUCGGCGACUUGGUGCCGCAGAAGAGAGCAUGCUCCUCGCGCAGAGCAAUCUUGCGAACACGUAUGGUUAUGUUGGACGCUUAGAAGAGGCAUUGCGGCUACAACGAAACGUAUAUUAUGGCUAUGUCAAGCUCAAUGGCGGGGAACAUGGGGACACCCUCAUAGCAGCCAACAACUGCGCGAAUACCCUUUUUGGUCUGAAGCGCUACAAAGAAGCCAAGUCGCUGCUGCGCGGAAUGACACCCGUGGCGCGACGAGUUCUCGGAGAGAAUCAUCAUCUCACGCUCAGGAUGAGGCGGGUUUACGCGAUUGCGCUCUACUCUGACGACGACGCCACGCUCGCCGAUCUCCGCGAGGCCGUGAAUACGCUCGAGGAGACGGAUCGGAGCGCCCGGCGCGUGCUCGGUGGCGCGCACCCACUCACAGAAGAUAUUGAGGACGAAUUGCGAGACGCCCGAGCCGCACUCCGCGCCCGCGAGGCGCCGUUGAAGGGGAGAGCGUAA